AUGUUGAUGCUAGAUGAUCCCAAGCGACAAAAUGAUUUGGUUGAAUUCCUCGGACAAUUAAAUGAAACAGAAAAAGAAACUAAAACUACAAAAGAACUGAAUAAAUCGGAGAACAAAUGCGUGUGUUCAAAAAGAUAUUUUAAAAAAUGGGAAAAUAGAUUGAAAUUAAAGUAUAUUGCAAAAUUAGCAAUUCCAAAACCAGUUCGUCUCAGGCCUUGGCCAAAUCCAGAGUUGGAAGCUGUUUUGCCAUUACCUGUAGUUAAAGCUACUUUAACUGGUAAAAUUCCAAGUAGGAUAUAUAAAUUGGCAGUACCUAAAAGCAGGCCAAAAGCGCCAAGGGAUCUAGUUUAUCAAACGUCCUCAUCGGGGGAUGCCAAGUAUAAAUAUAGGAUAUCUAAAAAUCUGCGAAAAACUCAUAAAAGAAUUCUAGAACUUGCAGAACCAAAACCUCAAAUCAGGCACGUACACCCUAGAUGUCUGAAAUCUGAACAACCCGAAAGACUUUAUAGUAAACCUAACAGAUCGUCGAUUAAGAAUAAUUCAGAUGAUUGGAUUAAACAUAAAAAUUGGCUUAAGAAGAACGCGGCACCUAAAAGAAUAUUUAGAAGAUCUCCGGAAGUUAAAAGACGAUCAAAACUGUCGAAAUCCCAAACUAACCUAAUGUUGGAGAGAUUAUCUCAAAUGCCAGAAUUAAAAAGAUUUGUGAAGAAAGUGAACGUAAGAAAAACUGAACCAAGACCAUUUGGUCAAAUAAUACCUAUGAGCGUGGACUGGGUUCAGCGGUUAUCAGUACCUAGAAAAUUAUCCUCAGAGACGCAGUUGAAUCUUGAUUAUGAUCCCGGUGUCAUUCCAAGAGCUGCUUUAAAUGCAACAUUGACACCACGUAUAAAAGAAUUAGCUGAGCCAAAAUUUAAUGUUAAAACAGUCAACACGGAAUUCAAAGAAAAUGCAUUCAAAAUUUCACCUACUGCGUUGACAUAUAAAGCUACUAAACGCAUUAAAAAAUUGGCGAUGCCACGAGUAUAUUAA